AUGUCCCCUUCCCCCCAUCCCCCAGCCCCCCCCUCCCCGGGCAUCCCCUCCCUCUCCUCCCUUCUCCCUUCUCCCGCCCCUCUCACACCCCAAACCCACACCUCACUCCCGAUACCUCCCGCCUCUCUCCUCCCCCUGUCGAAUCUUCCCAACGACGAUACGUCUGCUGCAUCAUACCAUGGGUAUCCAGCCACAGCAGCCCCAGGCUCACGCUCGUUGGCAAAGAGCAAGCCUGCUAUUGCAAAAGGCAGCCAUCCAACGGUUGCGGGUAGCGCCCUGACCAACUACGCCUGCCCAGGCUUCUGGGUAAUUGGCGGCUUUCUCUCGUUCCCCGGCCCUAUCACCGCCUGGAACAGGGUACCGGGCGCUGAUUUGACGGCCAGGCGCUGGAUUACUAUAUCAAUGGCCACGUUGGUUCUGGGCAUCAUCAACACGGUGGGCAACUUCGUUAAAGGGCCAUUGAAGGAGCUGAACGACGCUGUGCCCCACCGAGCGGAAAGUGAUCCGGGUGCGGACGACUUUGGUAAGUCAUCAGGUCUCCGCCCUAGCGCUUCCCUGACUUUCAAAACGACUCAGGUCCUCGUGACCCUCCGCGAGGCCCAGUGA